GCUGGACGAUCUUCAUGCUGGGACUCCGUUGGACAUCGGAUUGCAAGGAAUACACCAGCCAAGUGGCUGUAUCUCUGGGUCUCGUCAAGGAGGACUCGCAGAGGAAGGGCAAGUCAAGAAUUCUGGAGCUUCGAUGGACAACGUUGUGCACCAAGCUGGUGUCGGAAGACAAGGCCUCCGACCGCCUGACGCAAGUUGGUCGCUUGUCCCUAGCUGCUUCGUCCAAGCAUCAACAAGUCAUGUCUCGAGCGUUGCGGGGAGCAGCAGCUUCCUCUGCUUUGACCACAAGCUGGGCCCGAUUGUUUCUGGUAUUGCAACGAGCAGCAGCAGAGGAGGAGCAUGCCACCGCAUUCGCGAACUAUUCGGCUGCUGCAACCAGCAAGUUCCGAAACCGCGUUCAGGCAUUCUCAGCUGCUGGAAGAUUUUGGUCGAUCAUCCCGAAAUGGAUAGGUUUAGUCUUCCAGUUGCUUGGGGAAUUUUGCAUCAGCGAACGCAUCUCCGGGACCGCCAGCAUGGCUCGCACGUUUAAAGCCCGGCUUGGUGACUUGCAAGGGGAAUGUCGCACUUCGUUGGAGACGGCCACACGGCAGAAUGAAGCAGCGCUAGAUUGGGCGCGAUUUAUGUUGCAGCUUGCGGCCAGGAAGAUGCUGCCUCGCGCAUGGGCAAGUCAGCAUCGGGAGAUUGCCGAGUGGGUGGCCGUGCAGUGCACCUCCAUACGGCAAGACAGGGCAACUGAAGUUGCAACCGAGCUGCGUCAUCGCUUCCUGAGAGAAGUUUGGUCUCGCCUGGCUUUGCUGCAGCUUCAUGCCAGGGAGGCCCAUGAGCAGCAAGCUAGCAGACUCCAACAAACAAGAUCAAUGAAGCAAGCCGCCUCUUCAGCAAUGGUGACAAUAGAAGAGUUACGUGCAGAGCUGCAGCAUUGCAAGGGUCAGUUGGAGGCUGAGCGCCGUCUUUCUCGGGAGGAGCGUUGGUCCCGCAUGGCCUUGAGCGUUUUACGUGACCAGCAGUCAGCUGCAAGCUGCGGAGCUCUGAAGCACAUCACAAGCCGGGCGGCUUCUCAAAGAAGGACAUCCGUCCUCCACUUGCAGGAGGUGGAAGUCCAGCGUCAAGAAGAAAUCGAUAUGGUCACGGCAAAGGCGGCUGCAGAAGUAGCUACAGUAGGAGUUCAGGAAGCUGCAAUCCGAAGGUGGCAGCUGCUUGUGCUCUUCACGUCGCAGACGCAGUUCCGAUUGUGCAAUCAAUACGUGCUCAAUGCUGUUGCCACGCAACAGCGAGCUGCCCAACAAAUCGCACUGGAAAACUCGGCCAUGCGGCCACACUUAGCCGGUUUGCAAGCAGAAGUGGCACUGGCUUGGUGGGCGAGGUUUGCCACCUACCUUCACUUGCAGGCCUCUGCUUACAGGACUCGGAAAACGCUAUCUGAUCUCCUCACGGCGGCACAGGCAUCACCCAAAACCUCUGAUCACUGGCGUCGCAUGUGUGAGCUUUUGCUGAAAAGUGGGACUUCUAGCGUGCUGUACUUAUUGCGCGAUUCCCGGCAACUGCAAAGCGCACGACAUGUUCGCAAGUCCCGGCAAGUCGGCAACCUGAGCGAAGCCGUUAGGGCGCAUGCCGCACAUGCUCUAUCAGCCCACCAGGUGCUCUUCCAAGAGUCCAAGAGAACUCUGUCGCAUGUGCGGCGCUUCAGGAAUCGGAAUCUAGCACCACCCGGUCUGGAAGAGCAAUGCGAGCAGGCUUUGCAAAAGUGCGAGUACAUGCUGAAAGGCUAA